CGUGCUAGCGACGGAUUGCCGCAGGUAUGGCGGUAUGCUGUCCGGAGGAGCCGACACAAGCUGCAGUACGGACUGGACCUAAUAUCAAUAUCAGUGCCAACGCACUGGCGGUCGCCUGCUCUGGUUCUGCCGACAGAGCAUGUCCUAGGUCGGACGGCCGGUGAUGAAUCCGGUCUGUUGCUCGAUCGGGUGAAAGAGAGAGGCUCGCAGCCAAAACGUGUAAGAGUAGUAGUAGGGUAUGUUACCACUAUAUCAGAGAGGCGUGAUCAGUCAUAG